AUGGGAUCGUCUCAGCCAGAGCCUUUUCUCUCCGCCCGAGUCUCCUCCAACCUUGUCUCAUCAAAGCUCGGCGAAGUCCGGUCCCACUGUUUCUACAAUCAGUGGCACCCUACCACUAACCCGGACGGCAUCAUCGCUCUCGCGAUCGCCGAGAAUAAGCUGAUGCGUGAUGAGAUCGUCGACCACAUCAACGCAAACUUCAAGAUUACGCCAUGGCACCUCACCUACGGCGAGGGUCCCCAAGGUUCCAUCGCCCUCAAAAGCGCCAUAGGUGACUUCAUGAACCGCGAGUUCAAUCCGUUCACCCCUCUCAACAAGGACCACAUUGUUGUCUGCAACGGCGCCGGCUCCGCCGUGAACAACCUAUGCUUCUGCCUCGGCGAACCAGGAGACGGCAUCCUCGUGGGCCGACCGCUCUACACCGGAUUCUUCCCCGACAUCGAAGCCUACGCCAAGUUCAAACUGCUGGGAGUUCCCUUCGGCGACAUCGACCCCGUCUCACCAGCGGCGGCAGCCUGCUACGAAGCCACGCUCCAGCAAGCCGAGUCCAACGGCACCAAAGUCCGCGCCCUCCUGAUCGCGAACCCGCACAACCCCCUCGGCCGACCCUACCCACCCGCCACGCUGCUCGCCCUCGUCAACCUCUGCUCCAAGCACAACCUCCAUCUCAUCAGCGACGAAGUCUACUGCAAAUCCCACUUUCCCUCGCACGACUUCCCCGCCCCACCACCCUUCACCUCCGUCCUCAGCCUCCCCCUCCCACAACACAUCAACCCCGCCCUCGUGCACGUCAUCUACGCGCUCAGCAAAGACUUCUGCGCCAACGGCCUGCGCAUCGGCUGCGUCGCCUCGCCCUCAAACCCGCGACUGGUGCGCGCCCUGCGCUCCAUCGCCUCCUUCACGCGCGCCUCCCAGCUCGCCGAGCACGCCUGGCUGAACCUGCUGACCGACACGCCCUGGCAGGCCACGUACUUCCCGGAGCUGCAGCGGCGCAUGAGGGGCGCGUACGAGUACGUCACGGGCCUGUUGCGCGAGGAGGGCGUCCCCUACGGCCCCGCGAGCGUCAGCUCGUUCCUGUGGGUGGAUCUGCGGCGCUAUCUGGCCGAGCAGAGCUGGGAGGCGGAGGUGGCGCUGAAUUGGCGGUUGGCGCGGGAGGGGAAGGUGUGGGUGGCUGCCGGGGGGAGUUUUGGCGCUGAGGCGCCGGGGUGGGGACGCAUUACGUUUGCGACGCCGAGGGAGGAGUUGAGGGAUGGGAUGGGGAGGAUAUUGGGGGUGUUGAGAACGGUGGAGACGGAGUUGAGGGAGGUGGGAUCGACGCGAGGGUGA